UGCACUACAUAGUGCAUACGCAUUCUAGCUAGUGCACUUAUACAGACAGUAGAGGAACGCUAUUUGGGAUUUGACCCUAUAGGACUACCGUGUAAACUUGGUUGACUUUGCGUCGCGGAUUAAUCGCGUCACCCGCUCCGAACUGCUUUGUCGAGUGACAUUGACGUAAUUCCGAGGCGGCAAGAUGGCUACGGCGGCUUGGCUGCAUGGCCCUAAGAAUGUGCGGCUAACUGAGGGUUUAGUGUCCGCGCUGAAAGAAGAGCGACCCGAAUAUUUACCUGCACUUUUAGCGAAUUAUCGGGAGCAUGGCGUGGUCGGGACGCAGAACUCUGGGACAGUGGGAGGACUUGUGGGCAUCAGUAACUCACGCCUCGGGUCCAGCAAAACAAGGUUCGAGGGUCUGUGCUUGUUGUCUAUGCUGGUGAAAGACAGCUCAAGUGAGGUGUUCCAGCAGCACUGCCUCUCAUGGCUUCGCUCUCUUCAGCAGAUCAUCCAGUCGCAGGCCCCUCUGCCCUCUGUGCAGUUGGCAGUGAGCGUGCUACAGGACGUGCUGCAGUACUCGUCUCAGCUGCCCGAGCUGGCCAGAGAAGUGGGCCUUAACUCCAUCCUGGGCAUUCUCACCUCUCUACUUGGCCUCAAGUCUGAAUGCCACCUGGCUGCCAUGGAGGGGAUGAUGGCUUGUAUGACCUAUUACCCUCGGGCAUGUGGAUCGCUAAAGGAAAAGCUGGGGGUUUAUUUCCUAUCUAAGAUGGACUCCGACAACCCUAAAGUGCAGGACGUGGCUUGUGAGUGUUACGGGUGGCUGCCUUGCCUGGGAGGUGUGCUCGAGCGUGGAGGAGGGGGACGCCGGGCUGAGGGAUGGACCAGUCAGGUGCACUGUCUUCUGGCAUCAGCCAACAGCAUUCUGGGACAGUUAUACCAGGGAAUAGAAACAGAAGAGACCAUACAGUAUGAAGGUCCAGGAGUAGAGCUGCCCUUUCCUCCACUGGACGAAGUUGAUCCACUGUUGAUUCUUCAGCUUCGCCAUCGCUACAGAGCAGUGUGCCUGGCUCUUAAACAUACACUCAGUGUUGAUCCAGCCACCUCAGUGCGUCUUCCCAUUCAGCAUGUCCUUAAUGUAGUGUGCCGUGCCCUGGCUGUCAGCAUUAAGAAUAUUAACGUCACAAGUGAAGGGUGUUUGAAGCUGCUGGUUUUGCCAUCAGUACAUAGUGACUCUUUGGAAGUGCUCUCUGCUCUAAUUAAAGCUGUGGGUGCUGGCCUGGUGCAGUAUUGUAACGUGUUGUCCAGGCUUUUCUCUCAGGCACUCUGUGCAUGGACGUCCUUGCCAGAGGCUAGCCUUGGUCAACAAAGAGCAUACAGUGCUGUACGAGUGGCCCUAUAUCGCACACUGGAAUUGUGGGUGCGUGUAGGCAGGGCCUCUUCCUCAGUACUGCAGGGAAGCUCCUCCCACUCAGAGCUGCUCUUUGCUCAUCUCAUUGGGGACAUUACACCAGGAACCGAGGCUGUAAAGCUUCGUGCGGGACAGACAGCAAUGUCUGAUCUGGUUGCUGCAGCUGGUAAGACGGGACCUCGACGGACAAAAGGAAUGGGUAUAGGAGAUCCAGGUGGAGUCUCACUGCAAAGAAAGGGUGAUGCAUUAGCCAAUCAGGAUACAUGUUUUGCAGCUCUACGAGUCCUUAGACAGAUCAUUUUGACAAGCGGCACACUCUUGAAAGAGGAUCUACAUAAGAAACUGCAGGAGCUGGUGGUGCCGCUGUGUGUGAAACUCCAGCAGCAGGCUCAGUACAGUAACUGGGAUGUGGGCAGUAUUGGUGGUCAGUAUGGCAGUGCUUCCCCACGCUGUGAGCUCUAUGCCCUACUGCUGGCUUUGGUGCUGGUCCCGUCUCCACGCUGGCCUGCUCCACUCUCCUGCGCUGUGCGUGUGUUCAGCCAAGGACGCAGAGACCAUAACAUCACUGUUUCUUCAUUCUGUGCCGAGGCAUUGACUAUAUGCAAUGCUCUGCUUCACCCACGUACACCGUCCAUCUCCCUCCCUCUACCUCCACUGACUCUGAAGCCGACCCCAGCUGCUUCUGUCCUCGCCCCUACUCAAAAUCCCUCUCUCUCCCUCCCUACACUAAUGGGGGCACCUGCCCCAGGGCCUUCCUUUGCUCCCAGACAUCCUCUGAGCUUAGGCCCUGCUUCACUCCUGGGCUCCUUGGAGAACCAUCUUCCCCUGGGUCCUCCUGUUCUUCCCACAUCAGUGGGUGCCACUGGAGCCCAAGGUGAUUUGCUACUCUCAUCCCCUGCCCAGGCAGCUGAGCUGGCAGGAUUGGCAGCACCCCCUGAAACCCAGCGGCAGGUGUUUUUGCGCUACGACAAAGAGGAACCUGAAGACGUGGAAAUCUCCUUGGAAAGCGAUUCGGAUGACAGCGUGGUUAUCAUGCCCCAGGGCAUGAUGCUGGAGAUGCAGGAAGGAGCUGCUAACACGCAGAGUCUCCCUCCACCAUCAGGCAGUGCCAUGCCUGUGCCAAAUGCUGGGCUGGGAAGUGAAGCAGGCCCUGUUGAAACCUCGCUCUCUAGCGAUCUCCCCACAUCCAUCGGGCAUCAGAUGCUGCCAGCUGAUGCCAACAACAUUAACUCCUUCCCAGGAUCUAGUCAAACAGAGCAGCUGGUCUCUCUGGUGCCACCUCUGAAUUCAAAUUCUGUGCCACUUGCAGUGUCCUCUGGUGCACUGGGUAAUUCAUUGCCUGCUGGUGCGCAGCUUCAGCAGAUGUUGAUGCAGCCUUCAACAGGUGGGCAGCCAAGUCAGCUUGGACUGUCCUUACACAUGCAACUCCAGAACCAACUAGUACAGUCCAGCCGUCAGCCUGCCGCCAGUGAGCAGGACCAGAACGUCAUCAACAUCAACAGCACGGAUGAUGAAGAGGAGGAAGAGGACGAGGAGAUGGAGGAUGAAGAUGAACUGGGCGAGGAGGAGGAAGAGGAAGAAGACCUGGAAGAGGACGAAGAGGAAGAGGAAGGCAGCGAUUUUCAUGAUGUGUACUACCCAGAAGCAGAUUUUGAGGCCUAUGAUGAUGAAGGGGAGGAGAUGGAGGAAGAAGAUGAUGAGGAGGAUGACGAGGAAGAUAUCCAGCAGUUGGAUGCAGACAACCGGAGGGAUGUGAUUGGUGCAGAGGAGCGGGAAGUAAUGAUUGAAGGGCAAGAAGAGAGGGGGGUAGGCACGUUCCCCAUGGAGGGUGAAAGACCGGUAGAAGGAGGAAUUGAGGAAAUGAAGGCAGUGCAGAGCAUCUAUGAGGAGGAGGGAAUAAAGGACAAAGGGAGCAUAGAAGAGAUCGAGAACAUUGGUGCUGUAGAGAGGAACGAAAGUGUGGUAGGAGAGCAGCAAAUAGAGACUCUCGUGAUUGGUGCAGAGGGAGAGCAAAGCGAAGAAAAUGCCUCUGUUGAUGCAGCCGAUCAGGAAGUGCAGCCACAAGAACAGGAAGGAUCUCAAUCAGAGUCAGUGGUGACCCCAGAGGAUUCUGGGAUAUCUCCAGGGGGGCAGGAGCAGGAGGUGGCUGUAGAGGUCCGAGAUAAUGAGCCAAGUGCAAAGGCAGAACAAGAGGAGAUACCCAAUCCAAGCACAGCAACCACGUCAGAGGACACUGCACUACAACAAGUAGUGGAGACAGCAGAGAAAGAGGUGGUUGAAGGCACAAAGGUGGAGGAGGAAGAGGCACGAGGGACAAAGAGGAAACUGGAGGACCAAGAAGAAGGAGAGGUGUCUGAACAGAACAGUGAGAAGAAAAAGCUGGAUGAUGAGGCCAUGGCUUCCAUGUUGGCUGACUUUGUGGACUGCCCCCCAGAUGAUGAGGACCGCAGUGCCUCUCACUCGCAUUCUUAAAGUAAAACCAUCUCCUAGAGCCGUAAUUCAUUUGUUGAUGUCAUGGACUCCAGACCUUUCCCUCCUAAGGUUCAUGAAUCAUUAAUUACGUACAGAUAUAAUUCAAUUAAACUUGAAACCUUUUAUCAACUGUAAUUAUCAAGUUAACGGUUUCUAUCUGUGAUACAGCCAUGAUCCCCCUGUGAUAUGAUUUAAGAUACACUCUUUAAUGGUAUUAUAAGUGUUUUUCUGACUUAAAUGUUAGAACUGAUUGUUUUACCAUCCAAACGGCUGGUCAGUGUUUUGUUUAAAUUACUUCUCACAGAGCAACCAGCAAUGUUCCCUGUGUGAGGGAAGAUGUACAGACAGAUCUCUUUGUGUUCUGAACAUGGGUUGCAUGCCUUCAGCCUUCUUACUUAACCUUACGAUUGGAGUACUUUCCUUCUCUGUAAUAUUUACACUAAAGAACUUUGGAUCUCCAUGUGGAAGAUGAUAUGGUUAUUGUAGUUUGUAUGGGUUUUUUUCCUCAUAUUUCAAUUUUUUUGUACUGUCAUCUGUUACACAUGCUUAUUUUCUGUUAAUUGGUCGCAAAAGACAAUUAAAAGCAAAAAAAUUUCCAAA